AUGGCGGAUAUUUGGGCCCCUGCUCCAGAACCAGAUACCGAGUUGGGACGUUACCGCGUUCUCUCCUCUACGGCUGGGAUUCGUGUCUCCCCUCUGCAACUCGGAGCCAUGUCCAUUGGCGAUACGUGGUCGGAAGUAAUGGGUUCCAUGAGCAAAGAGGAGUCCUUUAAACUUCUCGACGCAUUCUAUGGAGCCGGCGGAAAUUUUAUUGAUACAGCAAACAACUACCAGAACGAGCAAUCCGAGACCUGGAUCGGGGAAUGGAUCGCCGAACGCAAGAACCGCGAUCAAUUGGUGAUUGCGACCAAGUUCACCACAGACUUUCGGUCGUAUAAGCUCGGCAAGGGAAAUGCCCCGAACCAUUGCGGCAACCACAGACGAAGCCUCCACAUGAGUGUUCGGGAUUCACUGGAGAAGCUGCAAACUGAUUGGAUUGAUAUCCUGUAUCUCCACUGGUGGGAUCAUACCACCUCAAUCGAAGAGGUUAUGGACAGUCUUCAUAUCCUUGUGGAACAAGGGAAGGUACUCUACCUGGGUAUCUCGUAUACGCCGGCGUGGGUUGUGUCUGCAGCAAACGUGUAUGCUCGAUCGCACGGAAAGACACCAUUCAGCAUCUACCAGGGUAGAUGGAAUGUCAUGCUCCGUGACUUUGAACGGGACAUCAUCCCCAUGGCGCGCUAUUUUGGAAUGGCACUUGCACCCUGGGAUGUUAUGGGCGGAGGAAAAUUCAAAACAAAGGAGGAAAUUGAUCACCGGAAAGCUCAGGGACAGGGCCUCCGUAGCAUGUUAGGUGCGGAGCAAAGCGAAGAAGAAGCCGCUAUGAGUGCUGCACUUUUCGAGGUGGCCAAGCAGAACGGGAUUAAAUCCCUCACUUCGGUUGCUAUAGCAUACGUGAUGGCGAAAGCACCAAAUGUGUUUCCUCUUGUUGGCGGCCGCAAAGUUGAACAUCUCAAGGAAAACAUCGGGGCGCUCAGUAUCCGAUUGACAGCGAAGCAAAUGGAAUACCUUGAGAGCAAAAAGCCAUUCGACGUUGGCUUCCCAGGCAACUUUAUCGGCCCAGAUCCUAAGGUGACUGGGAAAACGUCCACACUGAUGGCUACGAAUGCCCAGUAUUCAUUUGUGCAGACACCCAAGUCUAUCACCAGCCCAGAAUAA